CUUUUCCUACAGCUCUGUCGCCGCGAUGCUGCGGAGCCUCCAGGCUUCCCAGGGCCCCGCUUCCGCCCUCCUCAGCGGCCGUUUCCCGGCCUUGCCGCUCUUGACCGCACCGAUGCGCGGCCGGAAGUCCCGCACGGACCCCCCGGCCAAGUCCAAGGCCGGCCGGAUUAAAGUGCCGCCGCCCGUCGACCCGGCCGAGCUGCUGGUGGUGCGGGAGCGCUACCGCCAGUAUGGGCGCCUCAUGAAAGCGAUACGGUCUGUAUUCAAACAGGAGCUGAUGCAGCAGCGCUACGACGAGACGUUUGGCGAGUUGGGCAGGCAGAGGCAGGAGGCGAUAGUCAAAGAGCAUCAGCAGCUCAUGGCCUGGAAUGACGCCGAGAACCAGCGUCUCCAGCAGCGGAGGGAGGAGCGUCUCCGAAAGGAAAAAGCCGAAGAGGAGCAACAGCAGCUGCUUAGAGCCCAGAAAGAGGCUGCCCUUCUGGAGGAAUUUCUCAAGGAGAAAGAGGGGGAGGUGCUUCAGCUGCAGGAGGAAGCCAAAAACUUCAUCACGCCUGACAACCUGGACCAGCGGAUCGAGGAAUGUUUGAACAAUCCACGCAACUACAAUUUUGCCAUCGACAAGGACGGGCGGAUUGCCAAGCGGAGUGUUUUGUCUUAGAGGGAUAUCUGAGAGAGGCCUCCCCAGAGAGGUGGCGCGGUCCCAAAGCGUUCCCUCGACUGAAUUGUUGAUAAGCGUGUCUCCGGAUUGUCGGAUGGAUCGGUGUCGAUUUUGGACUUAGUGCCGAGAGAACUUUGUGGCUCCUCUUGAUAAAGAACUGCUACUUCGCAGGAAUAAAGGAAGGGGUUUUGCUUAA